AUGGCUCAGUUACUUCGAUUUGCUAGCCAGCGGUCAGUGUGUGGAGCUUUCCUGCAACCGGUUCGAAUCGGUCCCGGAAGUAGAUUCAGUACGGAAGGCAUCCCAACAGCAACAUCAGCCCCUUCCGAUGGUCAGACGCCGGUUGAAAGCAACCCAAAAGUUGGUGGAUUUGCAAAAGCUUACCAAAAACACAGCGAAACACUCAGUACGGAUCGGCCCAUCGAACCACCAAAGACGUUCGCUGCUUUGUUGAGGAAUUCUAAAUUUGUUGAUCUUGGUGAUCCGGAAGGAAAGGUAGUAACCGGGAAAAUAUUCCACAUAGUAGAAAACGACCUUUACAUUGAUUUUGGAUGGAAGUUUCACUGCGUUUGCACACGGCCCACAAAGAAUGGCGAAGAUUACGUGCGAGGUGCUCGGGUACGGCUACGGGUGAAGGAUCUCGAACUAUCGACACGCUUUUUAGGAUCCAACAAAGAUCUUACACUGCUGGAAGCCGAUUGUCAGCUUCUUGGUCUGAUUUCUUCUCCCGCAGUCCGAGCACAGCAAUCACGAGGCACUUCCGAAAUUCCGCUCUAG